AUGUUGAAGCAGUUACAUAUCAACAUCCCACUUGUAGAGGCACUUGAGAAAAUGCCUAACUAUGUGAAAUUCAUGAAAGAUGUUCUUACAAGGAAGAGAAUGUUAGGAGAGUUUGAAACUGUGGCUCUAACCAAGGAGUGUAGUUCAUUUCUGCAAGAUAAGUUGCCACCAAAGUUGAAGGAUCCUGGGAGUUUCACUAUUCCCUGUACUAUUGGAGACACUUAUUGUGGGAUGGUUUUAUGUGAUUUGGGUGCUAGCAUUAAUUUAAUGCCAAUUUCUGUUUUCAAGAAAUUGGGGAAUGGAAAAGUCAAGCCUACUACAGUUACUCUUCAACUUACAGAUAGAUCUCUUGCUCACUCAGAUGGGAAGAUUAAUGAUGUGUUGGUAAGGGUAGACAAAUUCAUUUUCCUUGCUGAUUUUAUUGUGCUAGACUGUGAGGCGGAUAGAGAGGUGCCCAUUAUCUUAGGGAGGACAUUUCUUGCAACAGAAAUAACUUUGAUAGAUGUGUAG